GGACACACGUGGGAUUAAACGGCUUUAUGUUUGUUUCUCUGUGUUUUUACGUCUCAGGGUGGAUCUUUAGGCUGUGUGGCAGCUGAGGGCGGCCCAUGUUUUAGUUGUACUGAUGUGUGUAUUGUCCGUCUUUCUUUUUUUACCUUCAAGAGUGAAUCUAAGAGCCUCAAAUCAGGAGCUAUUUCAGAAGCGCUCAUGUCAUUAUCCACACUGACGUUAUCAAAGCUCGUCACAGAAAAGAGGCCGAGGGUGAGAGAAGAGGGAGAUUAACUCUGGAUGCUGCUCCAUUCUCGUCCUGCUCCCACGGGGCGGUCCGGAUGUCAGGGGGUCCCGCGCCAGCUGCGGGCCAAACUCAUGGACCACAUUAACAUCUCGCCAAAAUUCCAGCCGCCCAUCCCCUAAACCACUCCACAGGCCGCCAGAGAGCUCCUGCACCGUGGAACCAGGGGCAUUGCCUUUUUAGGAGCCACCUGACGACUGUCCCACUCAACAACGCCCCACAGGACCAGGCCACAGCUGAUAACUGAGCUUUUGUUCUGUCGUGACUGCUAAUGGAGUCCGUACUUAUGUAAUUAUAGCUGUUUUUUUAUCUAGAAGUGGUUGUAUUUUCGUGGACAUGGAGAAGUUCAAGGCAGGUAUGGUCCUCGGGGCCGUGGGGGACGCUUUGGGGUACAAGAAGGGCCGCUGGGAAGGCUGCACCUCGGGGAAGAAGAUCCAGGAAGAACUGGCCUCUCUGGGAGGACUCGGGGCCCUAAAACUGGACCCAGACAACUGGCCCCUGAGUGAUGCCACUUUGAUGCACAUGACCACAGCAGAGGCCCUCAUCACAGAUUACUGGUGUCUGGAGGACUUGUACCGUGAGCUGGUGCGUCUCUACGUCGACGCCAUGGUUUGUCUCCAGGGCCGAGCGCCCGACCCGGCGACGGUGGAGGGCUGCGUCCACCUCAAACCGCACAACUACCUGCUCGCCUGGCACACGCCCUUCAACGAGAAAGGGUCUGGGUUCGGAGCAGCUGCCAAGGCCAUGUGCGUGGGAAUGAGGUACUGGCAACCGGAGAGAUUAGACAACCUGGUGGAGGUCAGCAUCGAGAGCGGCAGGAUGACGCACAACCAUCCAACAGGCUUCCUUGGCUCUUUGGCGACGGCGUUGUUUGCGUCCUUGGCGAUCCAGGGGAAGCCUCUGGUGACCUGGGGCCGUGAGCUGAUGACCGUGAUCCCGAAGGCCGAGGAAUACUGCAGGAAAACCAUCCGACACAUGGCAGAGUAUCAGGAAAACUGGUUCUACUUUGAGGCCAAGUGGCAGUUUUAUCUGGAGGAGAGAGAGAUCGAGAACGAGGGACAGAACAAACCCGUGUUUCCAAAUCCUUACGACGCAGAAGAGACGGACAAAACGUACAAACGGUGGAGUUCCGAGGGCAGAGCGGGACGCCGAGGUCACGACGCCCCCAUGAUCGCCUACGACGCUCUGUUAGCCGCAGGAAGUGACUGGAACGAACUGUGUCGAAGAGCCAUGUUCCACGGAGGAGAGAGUCCCGGGACGGGGCUGAUCGCGGGGUGUCUGUUUGGACUCGCGCACGGCCUCAGCUCGGUCCCGUCUGGUCUGUAUCAGGACCUGGACAAACGCGUGAGGCUGGAGGAGCUCGGAGAAGCACUUUACAAAUCUUCCACCACAGACAAGUGCAUAGACAAACCAAUAUUUAAGAAAACUACGAGCACAAACCCCAAUGCCACUUUUAUCAAGAAGCUCAUCAGAAGCAACGAGUCCCACCCGGUGAUCAGAGACGUCCUGGAGAGUCUGCUCCUGUACCUGACCAAGGAACUGCCCCACCUGAAGAACUCUUUUACCACGAGAAAAUGUGACAGAAAUGAAGAUUCAACAGACAGAGAAACUUUAGACAGUAAAAAUCAUAAAUGUUUAGUGAUAAAAACAAAAGAAUCAAACACAGACGAUAAAAUACCAAGACGUCUCACCUCUUUCCAACUUCUUCAGUCUAAAUUCAGCCGGACGACGCCCAAACCUCCCGUAACCCACCAGAGAGAAGUCGGAACACUGUCGAUCAACGGAACCGCACGGAACGCCAACUUCAGCAAGGACUCGGAACCAGAGCCGCUGAAAAAGAACCAAACGGUUUGUAUAAAAAACAGAGGCAAAGUUAAAGACUUUUUGUCCAAAUUUAUCCAGGCUGAACAAAAACAGCACGGACAGAACAAGCAGACGCCAAUCAAACCGAGAAGCAUCGGAAAAGGGAAACUUCUGUCUUGUAUCGUGGAGCGAUUCGACGGAGCGGUGACCGUACGCGACGCCAGCGAUCUGAAACGUUCAACGACUCGACCGCGAAUACAAGCGACAAGUAACGUCAAAGAGAUGGUGGCAAGUCACGAACGAGAAAAACAGACAAAAACAGACGAGAAAAUGACGUCCAAAGUGAAUCCGAGUUUGAAAAGUGAAAUAAAAACGGUAAAAAAUGUAAAAAAUGUUCCAGGUUUGACAAAAGAGAAUUUAGGUGUGGAGCAAAAAAACACAGUUCAGGAAAAAAAUGUGGAAUAUGUUGAAGCGUUUGAGGAAAUACAGGACAGACGUGCAGAUCCCAAAGAGGAAAAUCAAACUUUAUCAUCAGGUGAAACGGCUGAAACGGGCUGUAGCAGGGAUUUAGAAAAACGCAGCACAUUUUAUAAUAACGAGGCGACUGAAUGCUCCUCUGACCGCGUUCACACAGCCCGCCGAGAGCGUUUGUGUUCAGGUUGUGCGUCUGAAUGGUCGUUUCCUCAGUUUUACGAAGUUACACAACAAAUCGAGACCCCAGUUUCUUUCCACACAGCGACGGUCCGGCCCCGUCCUCUCGUUUGGCAAAUUCAUAACAGCAACUGUCCAAGAAUAUUUGACAAAGAGGAGCUUAAGUUUGGCGACGCAAACGGCCUGAAAUCUGAAACUGACUUAGAAGUAACAAAUGUGCAGUUGUCCAAAGAAAACUCGACUGGGCUCAGUGAAGAAAAAACACAAACUGAAAAAGAGUCAGAGGAAUAUCCAAGUAAACACCAAGAUAUUUACAGAGAAAAAGCAUCGCCGCAGUUUCUCAUACCACGUGUGUCUCAAAUGAACCAACAAACAAAUCAACAAAUGAACCAACAAACAAAUCAACAAACAAAUCCACAAACAAAUCAACAAACAGAUCAACAAACAAAUGAACAAACUAAUCAACAAACAAAUCAACAAACACAUCAACAAACAAAUCAACAAACAAAUCAACAAACAAAUGAACAAACUAAUCAACAAACUAAUCAACAAACACAUCAACAAACAAAUCAACAAACAAAUCAACAAACAAAUCAACAAACUAAUCAACAAACUAAUCAACGAACUAAUCAAAAAACAAACCAACAAACAAAUGAACAAACAAAUCAACAAACAAAUCAACAAACUAAUCAAAAAACAAACCAACAAACAAAUCAACAAACCAGUUCUCUGCCAGCGUCCGUCGGCGUCGAUACAGAUGGUUCAAAUGAAGCAUCUUUACCGUCCACAAUCACAGAAACUCAAAUGUCAAGAGAAAAAAAGAGUCAAGAGUCGAGUUUGUGUCUAAAUGAGCCACAACACGACACAACACAUAUACAUACACAUAACACAACAGAAACAUGCACAGAAGAAACUGAUGAAGAUAAGACGACAAACAGAGGCAGGAGUGAAAUAGUUAUGGAAAAGAGAGAAAUAGAACAACAGACUCUGGGUGAAGAUGAUUCUGCUCCAGGAUUAGUUAAAGAUCAGAGUCACACAACAGAAAUAAAAACACUUCUACAUGAAACAAUUAAACCAGAGGAAACUGAUGAAGACCAGACGACAAACAGAGGAAGGAGUGAAGGAAAAGUUAUGGAAAAGAGAGGAAUAAAAUAUCAACAGUCUCUGGUUCUUAUCAGUGAGGAUGAUGGUGUGAGGAGAGAUGAUGAGUUAACUCAAGACGUCCAGAGUCAAGUCGACAACCAACAAGACAAACACACAAAAGAAAUAAAAACAGCUCCACCUGUGAGUUUGAAACCUGAGGAAGAGACGACGAGAAACAAGAAAAACAGUGAAGAAAAACCUAUGGAAAAGAGAGGAAUAAAAUAUCAACAGUCUCUGGUUCUUGUCAGUGAGGAUGAUGGUGUGAGGAGAGAUGAUGCUGCCCAAGGAUUAACUAAAGACGUCCAGACUCAAGUCGACAACCGACAAGACAAACACACAACAGAAAUAAAAACAGUUUCAUCUGCGAGUUUGAAACCUGAGGAAGAGCCGACGAUAAAAGGUAAAAAUAAGCGAGAAAAACCUUUGGAAAAGAGAGAAAUAGAAGAUAAACCGUCUCUGUUUGAGCUCAAUGAGGAUGAUUCUGUUCCAGGAUUAGCUCAAGAUGUUCAGACUCAAGAAAAACACACAACAGAAAUAAAAACAGCUCCACCUGUGAGUUUGAAACCUGAGGAAGAGCAGACGACAAACAGGAAAAACAGUGAAGGAAAACGUCUGGUAAAGAGACAAACGGAACAUAAACGAUCUCCGUUUGAGAUGGAUAAAGACGAUUGUGUGAGGAGCAGGGAUGAGAUCCAUGGAUUAGGUAAAGAUGUUCAGACUCAAGCAAACAACCAACAAGACAAACGCACAAAACAAAUAAAAACAGUUCUACGUGAAACAAUGAAACGUGAAGAAACUGACAAAGAUCAGACGACAGAGAGGAAAAACAGUGAAAGAAAACCUUUGGAAAAGAGAGAAAUAGAACAAAAAACGUCUCUUGUUGUUUGUGCGAGCAGAGAUGAUGCUACUCCAGGAUCAGCUCAAGACGUCAAGACUCAAGUCGACAACCAACAAGAAAAACACACAACAGAAAUAAAAACAGCUCCACCUACGAGUUUGAAACCUGAGGAAGACAAAAGGAUCAACAGGAAAAGUAUUGAAUCAAAACUUAUGGAAAAGAGAGGAAUAAAACAUAAACCGUCUGUGGUUGAUGAAGAUGCUACUCCACGAUCAGCUCAAGACGUCCAGACUCAAGUGAACAACCAACAAGAAAAACACACAACAGAAAGUUUGGAACCAGAGGAAACGGAUGAAGAUAAGACGAUAAACAGGAAAAGUAAUCAAGGAAAACCUCUGGAAAAGAGAGAUAAAGAACAACAACAGGCUCAGGCUGAUGUGGAUAAAGAUGUUUGUGCGAGCGAUGAUGAUGCUACUCCAGGAUUAGCUCAGACCAACAACCAACAAGACAAACACACAAUGGAAACACACAGAGCUCCAUGCACAAGUGUGAAGACUGAGGAAGAUGAGAAGAAAAAUAAGCAAGGAAAACCUCUGGAAAAGACAGAUAUAGAACAUAAACCGACUCUGUUUGAUGUCAAUAAGGAUGAUUGUGCGAGCGGUGAUGAUGCUACUCCUGGAUUAGCUCUAGAUGUUCAGACUCAAGUCAAAAACCAACAAGAAAAGCACAUAAAAGAAAUAAAAACAGCUCCAUGCACACGUUUGAAGACUGAUGAAGACCAGAAGAAAAAUAAACAAGGAAAACGUCUGGAAAAGACAGAUACAGAACAUAAACCGUCGCUGGUUGAUGUCCAUAAAGAUGUUUGUGUGAGCGGUGAUGAUGACGUCCAGACUCAAAUCGACAACCAACAUGACAAACGCACAAUAGAAAUACAAACAGCUCCAUGCACAAGUUUGAAACCUGUGGAAACUGAUGAAGACCUGACGAUAAACAGGAAAAGUAGUGACGGAAAACCUCUGGAGAACAGAGAUGUAGAACAUAAACCGUCUCAGGCUGAUGUCCAUAAAGAUGUUUGUGCGAGCGGUGACGGUGCGACCUCAGGAUCACCUGAAGAUGUUCAGACUCGAGCCAAAAACCGACACGACGGACCCAAGUACAGAACCAUAAACUACGGCGAUUCAUUUGUGAAGAAAAAGUACAAACCUAAAAUCAUACGUUUUACUGACACUUUCACCUUCUGAGGAUCACAGUUUGGACUCACGAACUUUAUUUACACUUUUCUCCUGUCAAAGAAAUGAAACUGUUUGGUUUAAAAUUAAAGGGUUAAAAUAAUCACGACUCGCUUCACCUUAAAGUCUGUAACUUUGUGUCCAAAUCUGAUGGAAAUAGGGGAUUUUACUUUUUUUAUGUAUUUAUUUUUUCAUUUUGGUUGUAUUUAUUGUCCUGACUGUGAGCGGGCUUGCAUCUCCACAAAC